UUGCUUUCGCUAGGAUGAGCGAUUCUUCUGCUUAUAAAGUUGAAACAACUUCUCGUCUUGCUCAAUGGAGAAUAGACAAUCUCUCUUCUUGUACUUAUCGCAAAUCCGACCCUUUCAAGAUCGGCAAGUGGAAUUGGCAUUUAUCGGUGGAGAAGAACAGGGUGCUAUCUGUUAAACUGUAUCCGGAGAUAUCAAACCUGACUAGAGACAAUCCUCCUAUUGCAUCAUUCAUUGUUCGAGUUGUUUCCUCUGCAGGUGAUCGCAAGGCCUUGACUCACCCAGAGAUAACAGACAAGCAGCUCAAGAAUAACGACCAUUUUGUUUGGCAAGUUGAGGUUCCAUUAACAGGGAAAUUCAUCAUUGACGUUGAAUUUCUUGAUUUAAAAACAGCAUCUCCAGACGGUGGAGAACCUUGCUCCAUCUGGGCUGGAGGAGUCACCAAAAAACAAUCAAAUGCAACAGCUCUUGCAUGCCUUGGUCGCAUGUUAAAAGAAAGCAUUCAUACAGACAUUACGAUUUAUGCUUCUGAUGGAAGCAUCGGAGCCCAUCGUGCUGUUCUUGCUGCAAGAUCACCUGUUUUCCGAAGCAUGUUUGCUCACGACCUCAAAGAGAAAGAACUGUCUACGAUAAAUAUUUCUGACAUGUCACUUGAAGCUUGCCAAGCUUUUCUCAAUUACAUCUACGGAAGCAUCCAACAUGAAGAAUUUCUUAUUCACCGACUGGCACUUCUUCGAGCAGCUGAUAAAUAUGAUAUUGACGACUUGAAAGAGGCAUGCCAUGAGAGUCUUUUGGAGGAUAUAGAUACAAAGAAUGUUCUCGACCGACUACAAAGUGCAUCAUUGUACCAGCUACCGAAACUGAAGAUGAGCUGCAUGAUGUAUCUUGUGAAAUUCAGUAGGAUAUUUGAUAUUCGAGAUGAUUUUAAUGAUUUCAUGCAAUGUGCAGAUAGGGAUCUGAUAGCUGAAAUAUUCAAUGAAGUUCUCAAUGCCUGGAAAGGAUUCUAAAUCUCUGGCAAUUACAGGAAAAAGAAAGGGUGUUCAAGUUAGUUUCUAAUGUACCAUGUCCACAAAAGUGGGUGCUUAGAAAGAUUAGCAUGCAUAAUUGGUUUGCAUCAAGAUAAUUCUUUUGAUCCAAAGGAAUUUGUUUGUUUUUUUUCUUCUUCUUCUCCUUCUUUCAUGUACAUACAUAUAUUGGAUUUCAUGAGAGACAUGCUAUUCUUGUAUAAGAUGGCGAUGUAUUCAUGAAUGCUUGAUUGAUUAAAAUGUAAAUGAUUUGUUAUUUGAAUUAAGAUUUCAAGAUUUUAUGA